AUGAGUCAUGAAACUCCAUCUGGUUGGGAUGAUUUAGAACCUUUUUGUCAGUCGUAUGGGUUGUAUUUGAAGCCCUUUGCUCGUCUGAAUAUUUCAAUAUGUUUGCCGAAAUUGAAACAACCUGGUCAGUCGAUUUCAAACUGGGACCUCAUGGAGAAAAUUAGAAAAGCUAUCAAGCCAAUUGAACUAAUUUCGAUCAAAGUCACGACAAGUACGCUUGAUUUAGUUCGCUUCGAAGCAGAAUCACCUAGUCGGAAAGCUUUGUCGAAAGUAAUCAAGUCGCUUGAUGGAUAUUCGUUAAAGGUUUUUGGUUUUAUUGAAGCGUUGAAAGUUCGUGCAGGUGAAGCAAAAUCAAAUUUUCCGACUAGAUAUGAUUGGGAUGAGUUUUUUCGAAAUGCAAAAGGAAUGGAUGAACUGAAACCUGGAGAGCGACCAGAUACAAUUUAUCUUGCUAAACUACCUGUUCACUGGUUCAAAAAGAAGCAAACCGAUGACCUUCCGAGUGAAGAUAUAUUAAAAAAAAUUUUUCAACAGUUUGGAUCUGUACGAUGUGUAGAUAUUCCAAUUUGUGACCCAUACAGAAAAAAAAUGUCCCCAUCUAUAUCAGGUAUUCGAAAUAGUGGAUUCACUUUCGGAGAGGAAGUGUUAUUCGAAGCAUAUAUUCAAUUUUCUGAAUAUAUUUCAUUUGUGAGAGCAAUGGAUGGCUUGCGCAAUAUGAAAUUGGUGAAGAGGAUGGAUGAUGAUAAUUUGUUUGAAACUUCUAUACAAGUAGGCAUGGUCGAUUUUGAUAAAUCGAGGCACCUUUCGGAUGAAUCGAUUCGAGAACGGGCGGUUGAACGUGAAAAAUUAAUUAAACUGGAACGUGACAGGCUUUUUGAACUGCAGAAGAAGGAACAAGAAGAAAAUGCAAGAAAAUUAGCAGAGGAGCAAAUGAGGGAAAAGCGGCGGUUGGAAAGAGAAGAAAAACGUCGAUUGAAACGCCAAGAAGAAAAAAGAUUGAUGGAAGAACGCAGAAUGCAAGAAAUUGCAUUUGAGCAGCGUAAAUUGUUGGAACAAAAGCGAUGCAUGGAAUCGAAGAGACUUUUGGUAGAUCUUGGCCGUCGCAUUCAGGCUAGACUAAUAGAACGAAGAAAAAAUGAAGUGUGUAAAAUAGUCCAAAAGGGAACAUGUGAAACUGACCAUCAUGAAACAAAUGUGGAAGCGGAUCUAAGGCAGUCUUUGUUGCAAGAACAAGAAAUUCGUUUACGGAAGCGAAUUGAAGCAAAAAUGAUGUUGAGGCUCGAAAAAGGUUCCCGGCAAAGAAAUGGAAGUGCCUUGGAGGAGAAUUAUGAGAAUCAAAAAAAGUUGAGGAGGCAAGAAUAA